CACGCCGCGGGUGCCCCUUCCCGCCCCCGCUUCACUCCUGCCGCCUGUACUCCCCUCGGCACCAUGUCGGUGGAGCUGGAAGAAUCAGAUUUGCCCCUGACCGAAGCGGAGGAGGUGCCUCUCUCUCCAGAAAAGAAAGCUGCCGCUAAGAAAGCGAAAGGCGGCGGCUCCUCGUUGUCGCCGUCAAAGAAGAAGAAAAACAACAAGAAGAAAAACCAGCCAGGUAAAUACAGCCAGCUGGUGGUGGAGACGAUCCGCAAACUGGGUGAGCGCAAUGGCUCCUCGCUGGCCAAGAUCUACAAUGAGGCCAAGAAGGUGGCCUGGUUCGACCAGCAGAAUGGCAGGACCUACCUGAAGUACUCCAUCAAGGCGCUGGUGCAAAACGACACGCUGCUCCAGGUCAAGGGCACCGGCGCAAAUGGCUCUUUCAAGCUCAACAGGAAGAAACUGGAAGGCGGUGGAGAGGGGGGCGCGGGCAGCAGCGCCCAGAAGUCCCAUAAGAAGGCCACGGCAUCGACGUCCCGGCGGGCGGAGAAGAAGCCAGUGACCAAGAGUAAGAAGCCCGAGAAGAAAUCCCACAAGAAGGGAGCUAGCGGCGCAGCGGCGAAAAAGGACAAGGGGAAAACCAAGAAGGCCACCAAGAAGGGAGCCGCGUCCCCCGGGGGCAAGAAGGUGAAGAAGUCCGCAAAGCCCAAGGCACUCAAGAGCAGAAAGGCAUGAGAGCGGGGCAUAGGGAGCCCCCGCCGCCCCCCGGACUGUGGGCCCCGCGGCAAGGACUGCUCUGAGGACGGACUCCAGGGGACCCGCUUUGUCUUUGUGUUCCUGACUCGGCUUCGCAGCCGCCACC